GGAUCCCCGCGUCGCUCACUCGCUCUCCUCGCGCACGCUCCGUCUCCGUCAGUCCCCUGAGCUGUUCUAGUGCGCGGCGUGGAGCCAGAGCCCAGGCUGGUGGAGCGCCGGGGCUGGAGGCUGCGAGUGCGGCGCGCACCGCCUCCCCGCGCCAUUAUCCGCGCCCGCUACGGGCGAGGUAGGCGCCGCGAUGGCAGAGAUGGGGAGCAAGGGGGUGACGGCGGGGAAGAUCGCCAGCAACGUGCAGAAGAAGCUGACCCGAGCGCAGGAGAAGGUCCUGCAGAAACUGGGGAAGGCGGAUGAGACUAAGGAUGAGCAGUUUGAACAGUGCGUCCAGAAUUUCAAUAAGCAGCUGACAGAGGGUACCCGUCUGCAGAAGGAUCUCCGGACCUACCUGGCUUCUGUUAAAGCCAUGCACGAAGCCUCCAAGAAGCUGAGUGAGUGUCUCCAGGAGGUGUAUGAGCCCGAGUGGCCUGGCAGAGAUGAAGCAAACAAGAUUGCAGAGAACAAUGACCUACUAUGGAUGGACUACCACCAGAAGCUGGUGGAUCAGGCUCUGCUGACCAUGGACACCUACCUGGGCCAGUUCCCUGACAUCAAGUCUCGCAUUGCCAAGCGGGGGCGGAAGCUGGUGGACUAUGACAGUGCCCGGCACCACUAUGAGUCUCUUCAAACCGCCAAAAAGAAAGAUGAAGCCAAAAUUGCCAAGGCAGAGGAGGAGCUCAUUAAAGCCCAGAAGGUGUUCGAGGAGAUGAACGUGGACCUGCAGGAGGAGCUGCCAUCCCUGUGGAACAGCCGUGUAGGUUUCUAUGUCAACACGUUCCAGAGCAUCGCGGGCCUGGAGGAAAACUUCCAUAAAGAGAUGAGUAAGCUCAAUCAGAACCUUAACGACGUCCUGGUCAGCCUGGAGAAGCAACAUGGGAGCAACACCUUCACAGUCAAGGCCCAGCCCAGUGACAGUGCCCCUGAAAAGGGGAACAAGAGCCCUUCACCUCCUCCAGAUGGUUCCCCUGCUGCUACCCCCGAGAUCAGAGUGAACCAUGAGCCAGAGCCGGCCGGUGGGGCAUCACCGGGAGCCACCAUCCCCAAGUCCCCAUCUCAGCUCCGGAAAGGCCCACCUGUCCCUCCGCCUCCCAAACACACCCCAUCCAAGGAGAUGAAGCAGGAGCAGAUUCUCAGCCUUUUUGAUGACGCAUUUGUCCCCGAGAUCAGCGUGACCACCCCCUCCCAGUUUGAGGCCCCUGGGCCUUUCGCAGAGCAGGCCAGUCUACUAGACCUGGACUUCGACCCCCUUCCGCCAGUGGCAAGCCCUGUGAAGGCACCCACACCCUCUGGUCAGCCAAUCCCGUGGGACCUCUGGGAGCCCACAGAGAGUCAAGCUGGCGUCCUGCCUUCCGGGGAGCCCAGUUCUGCUGAGGGUACCUUUGCUGUGGCCUGGCCCAGUCAGACGGCCGAGCCAGGGCCUGUCCAACCAGCAGAGGCCUCCGAGGUGGUGGGUGGAGCCCAGGAGCCAGGGGAGACAGCGGCCAGUGAAGCAGCCUCCAGCUCUCUUCCUGCCGUGGUGGUGGAGACCUUCUCAGCAACUGUGAACGGUGCCGUGGAGGGCAGCAGUGGGACGGGGCGCUUGGACCUGCCCCCGGGCUUCAUGUUCAAGGUGCAAGCCCAGCACGAUUACACGGCCACUGACACGGACGAGCUGCAACUCAAAGCUGGCGAUGUGGUGCUGGUGAUCCCCUUCCAGAACCCAGAGGAGCAGGAUGAAGGCUGGCUCAUGGGAGUGAAGGAAAGCGAUUGGAACCAACACAAAGACCUGGAGAAAUGCCGGGGCGUCUUCCCGGAGAAUUUCACCGAGCGGGUGCAGUGAUGGCGGAGCCCCUGCAGCCUUCCGGUGUGUGAAGAACACCGUUUCCCAAAAGAUGUGUGCUUUCUUUUUCUUUGUUUUUCUUCCUCUCUUUUCUGUUUUUGUUUUGAAACUCUUGAAAAAUGUCGGGAAAUUGGGGAGUGGAGACCUAAGCCAAGAGGUGUUCCCCCAAAGAUGAAGUGGUUUUCCAAAGAGCCGUCCGGCCCAGUUCAGUGGACUUCUCCAGUGUUCCCGAAGCUGCUGUGGUCCCCCUAGUUGAGUUCCCGGUGCCCGCAUGUUCAGGGCGGGUCGGGGGGCGCUGAGCCACCGCCACACUUGCCUGACGCUUGGCCGCGCCGCCGGGCGGGGCUUGGGUCCUCUUCUGGCAGCUGCCGUGGGUGGGGCCUGCACACUGGCCCAGCCUGGUCCCGCUCUGCAGACCAUCCGUGUGCUGUUUGAAUAUAAGCCCUAGUGUUCAAAAUGCAGCGAAACAAACAAAAAACCUGACAAAACCA